UCCUCUCUUGUGGAUGCCAAGAAGACAGGCUGUCCCCAGAAAGACGAAGUGCCCAAGGGGGCGAGGAGACGCGUCAAGCUCAGCAUGGAGGAUGACAUGAAGAUUCAUGAAGAAAGUACCUGUCCUGUUUUGGAUGAGCAGCUCCCCAGAAGGAAAGGGCUCGGCCUCUGCUCUGUCCGCUGGGGCCUGGCUCUCAUCCUGCACAUCUUGUUCGUCACUUACUCCCAGCGAGUGGAUCUCAGCAUCGCCAUUGUUACCAUGGUGAACAGCACAGGCCAGCAGAAGUCCUUCAAUGUCUCCGUAGAUGUGUGUCCUGUACCCUCUCCGACUCCCCUCAACACAUCCCAGCCCAGAGAGGUCAAGGCCCCUGUCUAUGACUGGACCCCUGAAACUUGUGGCCUCCUCUUGAGUUUGUUUUCCUAUGGCUACCUUGUCACCCAGGUCCCUGGGGGCUACCUCACGGGCAUUGUGGGCUGGAAGCCUGUGCUGGGCAUUGGGCUGCUCCCCUCCUCAGUCCUCGGCCUGCUCCUACCCUCAGCUGCAGAGCUUGGUGUGCUGUAUCUUGCCCUUAUCCAGGCUUGCAGAGCCCUCUGUCAGGGGGUGAUAUUCCCAACAGUUUACACUCUCUGGACAAAGUGGGCCCCACCUCAGGAACUCACUUACCUCAUGAAUUUUGCAGAUGCUGGUACCACACUAGGGACCUUCUUUACCCUCAUGGUGGCAGUCACCUGCCAGACCCUGGGGUGGCCUGCCUUCUUCUACAUCUUUGGAGGUGUGCAUUGUGUCUGGCACCUGCUUUGGUUUUUUCUGGCGUUUGAAGAUCCUGACAGUGACCCUUGCAUCAGCACCAUAGAGAAGGAAUACAUCACAUCAGCCUCAACUCAGAAGGGCCCCUGCCACCGCUGGUCACUGCCUCUCCUCUCCAUGCUGAAAUGUGGGCCGCUGUGGGCCAUUGCAGUUGCCUAUUUCUGUUGUGAUUGGCUCUUCUACACCCUGCUGACUCUGCUUCCUGUAUACCUGAGCCGCAUCCUUCACCUGGACACCGGGGAGAGUGGCUUCCUGAGUGCCCCUCCACACAUUGGGAACUGGCUGGGUCAUAUAGGCACAGGGCUCCUGGGAGACUUCUUGGUAGCCAAGAGCCUGCUCCAGCUGGGUGCAAUGAGGAAACUCUUCACAGCCCUGGGAAUGCUGAGCCCAGCAGGCCUGGUGCUCACGGUGUCAUAUGUUGGCUGCGAUCACAUCGCCGCCGAUCUGGUCACUCUCUCCAUGACCCUCAUCAGCACGGCAGGUGCUGGCUUUGCCGUGAAUCUCUUGGAUGUCGUCCCCAGGUCAUAUGCAGGCUUCCUGCAUGGAGUCAUUAACACCCUGGCCAAUCUCUCAGGAAUGGUGGCACCCAGUGUGGCCGGAUUCCUCAGCAGUCAGGUAACUGGGAAGAAACAGUCCUCUCACAGGAACCCCAGAGGCGCACAGCAGAUAUCAUCUGUACUUAAUACAUGAGGCUCAGCUGCUCCCACCUGAAUCCCACAGGCCUAGAAACCA